UUUUCAUUUUCACUUAUAUUAUUUAGAAGAGUAUAAUGGAGCAGGGCGACAUGAAAGCAGCCUCACACUCAGACCACAGGAGGGAGCAGAGUCACGCACAGCCAGAGGCUCAACGGGCAGCUCCGACACAACACACUACGACUGCCUCACACGACCUGCGUUUCAUCGACCAUUAUCUGGACGACGAAGAGGCAGCUUUGGGCCAUGUGCGAGGAAGGUUUCAAAGUAUUGUUAGUAGGGUAGAGGAACUUUUCGGCUUUCUGUACAGCGCGACCAAGCCAUACACUGACAAGGUAGUAGCUGUGGCAGAGCAGAACCCCAUAUUAUUUACUUUUGCGUCUAUCUGGAUUGCUUUUAGCAUCAUACCAAUUAUUAUCUUCGCUGGCUUCGUAGCCUUUUGCACUGUCACAAUAUUUUCCAUCGCUACGUUUUUCAUCUGUGCAACAAUCGUUGGCAUCUUACUACUUACGUUCUUUGCGGUGAUUGGUACCGUGGUAAUCGCCUCGGCUAUACUCAUUCCUACUCUGGCUAUCACUACCAUCUUAUCAACUCUCACGUUGUCCUUCUUACUUGGUUUAUUUGUCAUUCAUCGACUAUACCUCCAUUUAUCCGCGGCGACAUCUGAUGAGUGGAGCCUUGAAGCUGUUGGACAAGGUUUCAAGGGAUGGGUUGAAGAAGUCGGAGAAAGAGUAGGAUUAGAUGGAUCAGAGACAAUUGUGCUCAAACAGAGUCCAGAUGAUGAUGACGGAAGAGCAAAAAUAAUUGAUGAGAAGAACGAUUCCAGUGGUGGUGCAACUUCGACGACCGCCGCUUCAGAGAGCGAACAGGCCGGCCAUAUCGAAGAUGAGAAGGCGAAUACCAGGGAGCUCAAUAUGGUCACUUCCAGCACCCUGGAAAAGACAUCACAAAACCACGACAAUCGUCGUUUACGAGACGCUGCAUCCACUUAGCAUUAUUGUAUUGAUACACAAACAAAAGCAUUCAGAGCAUCAUAGCAAAUAAAACACACGACGGUAAAUGAUGAUUCAUGAUGUGUCCUCUGUUGGAGAGAUGAUAUAUGUAUGUUUUUAGUAGUACAGUAGUUGGGUACUGUACUCUUGCAGUCCCUUUAUACAAUUGAUUUGAAGCCAG